GGGGCUCAGGGAGGUCAAGUCAUCAAGUGAAUGAGGGAGGAGGAGAAGAAGGAGGAAAAGAAAGAGAAGGAGAGGCUAGCACGGGAGAGGGGGUGGUGAGGAAAGCUGACUCUCCUUCCUUUCUUCUCACUGGCUCUUGGAAGGGGUAAGGGGGUGUCAGGCAGUGUUAUGGUGCCUGGCUUUCGGCCCCAGCUUCCUGACAGCUUGCUCUGUGGCUCAUGUUUUGCAGGUGUGAAUGAGGCAGGAUGAAUUGGACGGGUUUGUACACCUUGCUCAGUGGUGUGAACCGGCAUUCUACUGCCAUUGGCCGAGUGUGGCUCUCGGUCAUCUUUAUCUUCAGAAUCAUGGUGCUGGUGGUGGCUGCCGAGAGCGUGUGGGGUGACGAGAAGUCUUCCUUCAUCUGCAACACCCUCCAGCCUGGCUGCAACAGCGUCUGCUACGACCACUUUUUCCCCAUUUCCCAUGUGCGUCUGUGGUCUCUGCAGCUCAUCUUGGUUUCCACCCCAGCUCUCCUCGUGGCCAUGCAUGUGGCUCACCAGCAGCACAUAGAAAAGAAAAUGCUGCGACUUGAGGGCCACGGGGACCCCCUACACCUGGAGGAGGUGAAGAGGCAUAAGGUCCACAUCUCAGGGACACUGUGGUGGACCUAUGUCAUCAGCGUGGUCUUCCGGCUGCUGUUCGAGGCCGCCUUCAUGUACGUCUUUUAUCUGCUCUACCCUGGCUACGCCAUGGUGCGGCUGGUCAAAUGUGAGGCCUACCCCUGCCCCAACACAGUGGACUGCUUCGUGUCCCGCCCCACGGAGAAAACCGUCUUCACCGUCUUCAUGCUGGCCGCCUCUGGCAUCUGUAUCAUCCUCAAUGUGGCCGAGGUGGUGUACCUCAUCUUCCGGGCCUGCGCCCGCCGAGCCCAGCGCCGCUCCAAUCCGCCCUCCCGCAAGGGCUCCGGGGGCUUCGGCCACCGCCUCUCACCUGAGUACAAGCAGAAUGAGAUCAACAAGCUGCUCAGCGAGCAGGACGGCUCCCUGAAAGACAUACUGCGCCGCAGCCCCGGCACCGGGGCCGGGCUGGCCGAGAAGAGCGACCGCUGCUCAGCCUGCUGA